AUGGUGCCGCAUCCGCUCGAACCCGAGUCGCCGCCCGACCGCCCCUCGCACCACGUCGUCCACCCAAUCACGGGCACCGUCACCUACCGCAACCCGUGGCCGAGCGCGUCUGCCCCGACCGCGUCGGAGCUCCUGUUCGGCGGCGCCUGGCUCGGCUGGCCCAAGUUGCACCUCAACAAGCACCCCAAGGCGCGCGAGCUCAAGGUGCUCGACCCGGGCGACUGGGGGCGGGCCAAAGUGCGCGAGCUGCGCCGGGAGGCCGAGGGCGACGGCACGGGCAAGAAGGUCGGGUUCGCGCGCUCGACCUGGCUCGGCCACGCGUCCGUCUACGUCCAGCUGCCGCUCGACGUCGCGCCGGACCCGCUGUCGGGUCUGAGGCGCAGGAGCGUCGACGGCGAGGCGGACGAGGCCAAGGUGCGCGGCGGCGGCAAGGGUGCCGUCGACCAGGAGGACCGGUACGCCGAGGGCGAGGGCACGACGCUCAAGCUCCUGUUCGACCCGAUCUUCAGCGAGCGAGCUGGGCCGACGAGCUACACGGGCCCCGGUCGGCUUCGCGCGGCGCCGUGCGAGGUGCAGGACCUGCCCGGCGUCGACGCCGUCUUGAUCUCGCACAACCACUACGAUCACCUGGACGCCGGGAGCGUCAAGCAGGUCCUCGACAAGUGGCCCCGAGCCAAGUUCCUCGUUCCUCUCGGCAACAAGCAGUGGUUCUUCGCGAGCGGCGUCCCCCUGUCGCAGAUCAUCGAGCUCGACUGGUGGCAAGACGUCGACCUCACGCCGUCCGACUUUGGGCUCGUUCCUCCUCCUCUCGCCGCACCGACACCGCCCGACGAGGACUUCUUGAGCGGACAACAGGGGCGGUCGCGGUCUAUGCGGAGCGAGUCGCCGAGGGAGAAGGAGCGAGUGCGCUUCACGUGCGUGCCGGCUCAGCACAACUCGGGGCGCUCUCCCGCCGACCAGGGCUCGACUUUGUGGUGCGGCUGGGUCGUCGAGCACCUCCUCGAGUCGGACGCGCCUAGCCCGGCGCCCUUCUUCGGCCGCGGUGAGACGAACGACUCGGCCAUCACGACCGCCUCGACCGCCUCGUUCGUCUCUGCGCCCGACGCGGACGAGGUCAUCGCCGCCAUGGCCAAGUCGGUCCUGGUCGAGGAGCCCGAGGACGGCGACUUUGCGGUCGAGGAGGACGACGACGACGGCCUCAAGGCGUCGCCCGCGCAUGACGGCCGCGCACUACUCGAGCCGCCGUCUAUGCGCAGCUCCCCGCUGUCGACGCCCGGCGGCUCGAGCAACGACCUGUCGCUGCAGCCGACCUCGAGCACCGCGACCACCUCGUCCGACCCGGUCCCGGUCGCGCCGCUCCAGGUGCCCCGGCAACGCCGAGGCUCGCGCAGCGUCGACACGUCGCCGUCCCGACGCGGCUCGGUGUCGCAACUCCUGCAGCGCUCGUCGUCCUUCUCCAAGUCGCUCACUCGCCGCCUGUCGAGCGCCGAGCGGCCGGCGCUCCCGAACCGGCGCGGCAGCCUGUCGACGCCGCCUGCGCCGCCGCCCCUCUCGCGCUCGAGCAGCUUGCGCAUGGCGCGCGAGCGGCAGCACGCUCGCGAGGCGGGCAGCGAGUCGGGCCUGCUCGACGUGCCGAGCCCGUCGGCGGCGGACGGGCACGCGAGCGGCACGAGCUCGCCCGGCGAGCCGACUGCGCUCGGCAAGGUGUCGGAGCCGCCUGCGCCCGAGGCGGACGAGGUCGACGAGGAGAAGGUCGCGGCCGACGAGCGGGCGCGCGAGAGCGCGGCAAAGGCCAAGCGGGCCGAGGAGGAGGUCGGCAGGGCGGUUCACGAGGGACGAUGGAGCAAGAGGGUCAUCCGCAAGGGCGCCAUCUUCCACGCCGGCGACACGGGCUACCGCCGCCACCGCCGCUGCCUGCACCCGGUCUGCCCGGCGUUCGACGAGAUCGGCCUCAAGUUCGGCCCGUUCGACGUCUCGUUCGUGCCCAUCUGGCGCGGCGGCAGCCUCGGCUUCGUGAGCGCGAUUGGCCUUCGAUUGCAUCACGAGAACAUCUCGAGCGCGCUGCACGGCUCGCCGGCCGACGCUGUCGACAUCCACCUCGACGUCCGCAGUCGCAACACGAUCGGCGUGCACUUCGGCACGUUCAUCGGGUCCGAGUCCGAGUCGCUCGAGGCCAUCAUCGAGUUGCAGGAGGCGGUCGAGGAGGCCGGCGUCAAGACGCUCGACGACCCAAACGAGGACGAGAUGGGCCGCAUGGGCGUCAUCGACAUCGGCGAGACGUGGUGCUCCGAGAUUCACAACCUUCUUAUCCCUCGGCGGACGGCCACGGGGGAGCCGGCCGCCCUCCUCGCCCUCGCCAAGCCUGUGCCGUUCCCGCCCCUCGACCUCAUGCACGACCGCACCCGCACUGUCACGCACGCCCUCGCCCGCUCAAAGCGCGCCGCCGAGGGCGCAAAGGGGAAGGAGCGCGCCGACGACGGCGGCGGUGCUGCGGGCUCACAGUUGCGGUGGAAGGCCGGCGUCGCACCGGGCCAGGCGGCGAGGAGGCUCUUCCCCAAGCCCAACUUUGCCCAGCGUGCCUACCGCCGCUUCUUCAUCAAGCGCGACCUCAAAUACGGCCGAGCAUGGACGCCCGAGGAGUUGGACGAGGCGGCGGCGCGAGGCAACUUUCCCCACAGGCCGAGCGACCUCUUCCUCAAGAUGUACUCGGACGUCCUGACGUGCCUCACGCGCGACCCUCUCGCCGGCAACGUGUCGCCGUCCCUCAUCGGCACGCAGGGCACCAUCCCGCUCAGCGUCGUCUCGACCAUCCCCGACAUCAUGCAGCACUACCACGACUGCAUCGUCCUCGCCGAGAAGGAGGUCUUCCUCGUCACGAACUACUGGCAGCCGUCCGACUCGGUCAAGAAGGUGGCAGAAGGUCUCGUUGAGCUCAACCGGCGAGUGGGAGAGCGCAAGGGCGAGCGCAUCGUCGUCAAGGUCAUGUGGGACCGCGGCGCCGUUCAGCAGCUGUGGCACAACCACGUGUCGGUCAAGCCGGAAACCUGGGCGCCGCUCGGCCUGCCGCACCCGAAGGACGUGCCGAACCUGUCGAUCGAGGUCAUCAACUUUCACCGUCCGCUCCUCGGCACGUUCCACCAGAAGUCGCUCGUCGUCGACCGCAGGGUCGCACUCCUCAACUCGAACAAUAUCCAGGACCGCCCCAACCUCGAGAUGAUGGUCCACCUCGAGGGCCCUGUCGUCGACUCGCUCUACGACAACAUGCUCAUCAGCUGGGACGAGUCGCUGUCGCCCACCCUCCCCUGCCUCACCGAGCCGUCGCCGACCUCGCACCCCGACCUGUUCCCCUACACCUUCACCGACGCCAACCCGUACCUCGCCAACAUCGACGUCGCCAAGGCGGCCAAGGCGGCCCGCAUGCUCCUGAGCCGACAAGCCGCCGAGGCGCAGAAGGGCGAGCAGCAGGCCUCGCUCGCGCCGCCCGAGUGGUGGCGCCGCGAGAGCGCCGUCGGCCACGCCCACAGCCCGGGCCUGCGCCCGUUCUCGGCCCACGGGCUCAGCGGGCACCCGCAGGCGCACGCCGGCGGGACGAGCGGCGACGCGCACGGCGGCGAGGGCAAGUUUGCAGCGCUCGUCGCCCAGCUCGUCGAGAAGGCGCGCGAGGAGAAGGCGCGGCUCGCGCUCGGCAUGUCGAGCAUCAUGGGAGAGGGGCAGCGGCACCCGCAUGGCGGCGAGGACGCGGCGGCGGCACCGGCGGUUGGUGCGGCGCCGCCGCACGUCGUCGAGAACGGCGAGAGCUUGGCCGACAGUGGGUUCGACGGCCGGUCGAAGCGGAGCGAGGACAGGACGGUCGUCAACGGCGAGGGCAACGGUGUCGAGGGAGGAAGCAAGGGCAACCAGGCGGCGCUCGCUGUACACACCAACGACCUCCACCCGGCCUCUUCUGCCACGUCCGACCCCAACCCUCCCGGCUUCAACGACCCCGAUGCUCCCGAGCCGACCGGCGCGACGCUCAAGCACGCGCCGCCGCCCAAGAUCACGCCCGACGGCGCGUCCGACCUGCCGACCUCGCCCUCGGGCACGCCCAAGAACGGCACGGCGUCGAGCGCACGACUGCGCGCGCUCAGCAAGGCGCUCAACGCGGGCGCCAUCAACCAGAUCGACGCCGCCAUCGUCGACGAGAAGCUCAUCCACGACUUCAAGCCGCACAUGCUCCACCGCGCCCAUGCUCCUUCUCCGAUCUGCCUCGUCAACCGGCGCCCGCACGGUUCGCCCGGCCACAACGACAUCCGCUGCCCGCAAGCGGCGGCAUGGCUCGCCGCGCUCAAGUUUGCCGAGAAGAACGUCUUCAUCCAAACGCCGACCCUCAACGCGGCGCCGAUCGUGCGAGGAGUCGUCGAGGCGUGCGCGCACGGCGGCAAGGACGGCAAGGGCAUCCCGGUCACGCUCUUCCUCGGCCUCGGCUUCAACGACAAGGGCGAGAGCAUCCCGUUCCAGGGCGGCACCAACGAGGAGGUCGUGUUUCGCCUGUACGGCCAGCUGCGCAAGCUCGGCAAGGAGGGCAACCUGCACGUCUACUGGUACACGGGCAAGGACCAGAUCCGGCCUCUCAACGCCAUCCACAAGUCGAGGAACUGCCACAUCAAGUUCAUGUCGGUCGACGGGCAGUGCGCGAUCGUCGGCAACGGCAACCUCGACUCGCAGUCGUUCUGGCACUCGCAGGAGGCCAACAUCCUGGUCGACAACCCGCAGCUCGUCGCCGACUGGAUGGACCAGCUGCGCACGAACCAGUCGACGCACCAGUACGGGCGGGUCGACACGGACGGCAUCUGGCGCGACCCGUCGACGGGCGAGGAGCUCGAGAAGCCCAAGGCGAUCGGGUGCUUCACGGCCAUGCGGGCCGUCAUCUAG